CACACGCUGUCACGCUCGCAGUCCUGCCGGCACCUCACUACCCACACGCUCGCCCAGACACAAAGGAUCGGGUGUCAGAAGAGAAGAAAAGAAAGUACAAAGUCAGGCGCUGGCAGAAGAGUUCUGCGUACAUGGCAGAGAUUUAUCCUGGCGGACAGCUCCACCACUACAUUGAUGGCUGCAACGUAUGGCACGGUAGCUGGAUGCGCUUUGCCAACCCGGCACGCAUGGCUGCUGAGCAGAACCUGGUGGCCUGCCAGAAUGGCCGCGAGGUCUUUUUCUACACCAUUCGGCCGGUGGAGGCAGACCAGGAACUGCUGCUCUGGUACAGCCAGGAGUUCUUGCAUAGGACAUGUGGCCGUGGAUACGACCACGGCAACAGCCCCAAACCAAAACAUCUGGGCAGCGAGGUGAUGGAAGCAGAGCUCCAGAAGCACCGGCCACCCCCGCAGACCUGCCUCCCCAAGUGCGAGGCCAGCCCCCAGGGGCCCUGGAGCAGGGAGGAGGUGGGGAAGGAGGAGAAGAAGAUGGGCGAGAGGGACACGCCACCCGGCACGCCAGAUGAGCACGCGACAGACUUCAGCAAGAGAGUCUGGAAAAGUGCAGCUCAGGACAACGGGCGCUCCCGGCCGUUGGAGAUGCAUCCCACGCUUCUGCCCCACCGGGACUUUCCGCUGUACCUCCACGACCUCUACAGCCACAGGGAGGACGUGGCAUCUUACCCCCCUCUGCAGCACCCGUACCCGCUGCCACUUCCAUACAGCCCGCAUUACUCUCGCCGGCUCCCCUACUCACCCCCCUUCCUCCACACGCUGCCCCCUACAGGGCCUUUCCAGCACAGCAGCUUGCGUGGUAGCGAGUCUGUGCCUUUCCCCUCUAUGACCCCACCAGGCCUGCACCCCGUCUCACUGCCUUACCGCACACCACCUCCUUGUAGCAGCCAGAGGGAGCAACCCCCGAAUGCCUCCCCUGCCCAGGGUGCCACGCCUGAGCUCUCGCCGAUCUCCAAGUGGGAGCCCAAGCAGCCAUGCGAGCCCACACCGCCACCACCAUGUAUAGUCCAGGCGGCCGUCAACCUCAGCCUGACCGCUGAGGCAAAAGACAGCCCCUCCUUGCCAUCAGGCCACGCCCCCGGCUACAAGUCCCUCCCCUUCCCGCUGAAGAAGCAGAACGGCAAGAUCAAGUACGAAUGUAAUAUCUGCCUCAAGACCUUCGGCCAGCUGUCAAAUCUCAAGGUACACUUGAGGGUGCACAAUGGUGAGAGGCCAUUUCAGUGUCAGCUGUGCAAAAAGAGCUUCACUCAGCUGGCCCAUCUGCAGAAACACCAUCUAGUCCACACUGGAGAGAAACCUCAUGAGUGUCAGGUCUGCCAUAAACGCUUCAGCAGCACGAGCAACCUGAAGACACACCUGCGCCUGCACUCGGGUGAGAAGCCCUACGGGUGUAAGCUGUGCCAAGCCAAGUUCACGCAGUUCAUCCACCUGAAGCUGCACCGUCGCAUGCACGGCUCGGACGAGCUCGAGCAUCGCUGCUCACUCUGUGGCAAGGCCUUUGUCCACAGCUUCUCCCUGGGCCUGCACAGCCGCUCGGGCUACUGCCCGUCCCGUGCCAACAGCACCGUCCAGCCCGGGAGCCCCGAGCUGCUGGAGGCGACCAGGCUCCUGGGGAACUUUGACAGCAGCGCAGAGGCUGAGGCCCUGGCGGAGAGCGCGACGGAGGCGGAGGUGGACGCCUCCCUGGAGAGGUGGCUGGCCCGAAUUCCCCCCGGCAGUCCCGAGGUGGGCAUCUUCAAGGCAGCCGACGGGGCCCCAGCCAGGGCGGCGGGUCAACAGCAGGAGAGGCCCAGCGUGGUGCGCUUCUGCUCACCCCCACGGCACUCGGUCAAGACCGAGGAAGAGUAGACGGACAAAGAAGGGGCCGAGAGGUGUUUGGAGCCGCACAGGUGUUUGAUGUUUCCAAAACAUCAGUGCAACAUGAGCACAGAGCAGUCUGUAUUAGUUAAUGCCAAAAAGGUUUAGAUGAAAAAAGAGAAGGGAGGAUAGGAAUUAGUGGAAGCCAAGGUGUGUGGCACCAAAUAAUCCCUGCCCGAAGACUCGGUAUGAGCGUGUUUAAUGCCCCAAAGGCUCGACCUCUGCUACAGGGAGACUGCAUGAUCAGUCACAUCCUCUGGACUAUUUCAGCUUCUUAACAUAUUCACAAGUCUCUUUGUAGGUUUGUGGUAAUUUAUUUUGGUCAGUAGCAUUUUUGUUUGUUUUAGGGAUGUGACAUGCAUGGUCUUAGGGGUUUCUAUGCUUAUGUUCUUGUUUUGUGUGUGUGUGUGUGUGUGUGUGUGUGUGUGUGUGUCACAGUAAAGAACAUAAUGGGAAUUAAUUAUUUUGAACAAACCUUUUGUCUUUAUUAACUUGUUGUCUAACACUGAGCACCUUUGUCCUUCUUACACAAGGAAGCAUAAAUACCAAAUCAAUGCAGUGCAAACCGAAGUCAUUAAUAAUCUCAGGUUAACUAAAAAACUGUUUUUCUACCAAAAGCGUCAACACAUACCAGUACCUCAGUACCAUGAGGCAUUACAUUACUUAUGUCAGUGGUUCAUUUAAUGCUCUUUUAAUUUAUUUGAAAUUAGCACUGGAAAAAGCAGGAACUAGAUCCACGUGCAAGGUUACUGUUACGUAGUGACUGCAAGGCUUAUAUAUUUUACUUAUGUAUAUUUUUCUCUUUAUAUAAUUUGUUUUUGUUCUAUAAGUUUGUUUACCUAAUUAUAUUUUUAUGUUAAAGGAUGUUAAUACUUUAUACAUGAGAUAUAUUUUUACCAAAACU